AUGUGCACGUUUAAAAUGAUGAGAGUGCACUGUGAACUGAUGGACCAGGCCAAGAACAAAAAAGUCUUUCCCAAGUGUGAUUUUCAUCAAGAGUUAUUGUCCACAGUUUACAGGGUUGCACUAAUUCUGGAGAAGGAACCAUGCCAGAGGAGUGGAGCUACAAGUCUUGCAGAAGUCUUCUCCAAGCAAACUAGCAAAGCAGAAAUGUCGUUCCCUGUGUUUUUGCUGCUGAUCUUUCUCUUUAAGUCUGAUCUGUCAAAAAGUGAGGCUGAUAUGAGGAGUAUUAUCAUUUCUGCUCUAGAGAAAGCAACUUUCUUCCUGGCAAAUAAAUACAGGGACAUCAAUCUAGAUGCAGUGUUUGGAUUUCAUGUUUUGCAAGCUCAUUUGAAAGGAGCCCUGGAGAAAUGGGCCUCAAAACAUGAAUUACUAUCUCAGCAGGCCCGAGUUGAAAGGCUGGUGAAGAAGUUAUCUUUUCUGACUGAAAAAGCAACUCAUUCUCUUGGGCAGAGUGACCCAGAGUAUUUCAAAGAAUUUGAGCCAGUUUUAGGACCAAAUUUUUGGAUGCUUCCUCAUUUGUGGAACCAAACGGACUCCUCACUUGCCUACUCCAUGUUUGACAGCAGCGGUUGUUUUACAGAGGAAAUGAGUGAUAAAUGCUUUACAUAUUUGCUAGGAACUUGGAAAGAUAAUGGCAAGCCCUGUGUUGUCACCAAGGCCUGUAGGAACAUCAUGACAAAGUUUGGAUGCUCAGGUUACCCCCUAUCACAUCAGCUUUUCUACUUCAUGUUUGCAGCUAUGCGGGGCGAUGCUCGGGUUAUGUUAUGUGGUAUGUCUGGAUUCUCUGACUUCUACAAACCCAGCUGGCUGGAGAACAUUCUCACAUGGCAGAAGCCUGAGGAGGGAUGCUUUGGGAAGCCCAGUGAGAAUUCUGAACACCCCUGCAGGGUGAAAGAACAAGAGCAACUACUGAAAAGAGUUAAAAGAAGAGAGAAGGUGUUUGCAGAUGGAUGUUCCUCUCAUAACACAGCCGUGGCAGUCGGAGUACUGGGGGGAUUCCUCUACUACUACUGAAAAUGCCAGUAUGUUACAGAUGAUCAACUUGGAACUUCCCAUACACAAAGUUAUGAUUGGUUAGUCCUGAAGCAAUACCUGCUCCAGUUUUAGCAUGCAAUAGGGGUAGUCUUUUCAAUCAAAAUUUCCACUUGCAACACAUAGAGCAAACCCACUCUGGUAGCCAAGUUGUAAUCACGCUGACACUGACUAGUGCUAUUUUGGCAGCACAAUGGAGAUUUUAUUGGCAGGUUUUCAAAACUAUAAUGUGCCAGUGGUUAUUACAGUGACAAGAGUUCCUAAUGUACUCUUCUUCCUGAGCUGCCAUUACAACUGAACACACAAGGCACAAUUCUUCUCGUAACUCUGCUGACUUUGAAUGCAUCAUCUUCAACAUCAGCGGGGUUUGAUUAAUUUGUUUAUCCUAGGCAGCUCUCACCUUCUUAUCUAA